UCUGUCACGACACAUAAAAGAGCCACAAAAUGGUAUUUAUUGUUUGAAUUCCUUAAAAUAUGACAAAAUUUGGAAGCUGAGACUUUGUUAAAUACUACUGUAGAAGCAACUUGCUCUAUCUUGACUGUCUGCGCAUUGUCAGUUUACUCUUUGUUUUGCGAACGGUCAAUUGAAAGCUUUGGGAAUCUCUUCCUAUAAACAUACAAGAGGGUGGUCUAUUUUUUAUACUAACAUUGAUUUAUGCAAAAGGGGACAUAAGCAAAGACUUGUUGUUUGCGCUAUGAAGUAUAACCUGUUUAUCUCCACGAAGGUCAACAAUGGAAUUUAAACCAGACUUAGACUCUAACAAGAAACUUGAUGGAAAACACAGAAGAGAGAAAUGUGAUGCAGAGCUCAGGAAUGAAAAACGAGAAAGUGAACAGAAAAAAGAGAAACACUCUAUUAUCAAUAAAAAGGAACGAGAGAGGAGAGAUGCAUUGAACAGUGAUCAUCUUCCCUCCCCAAUGACGCAUUCAUCUCCGCCUCCCAAGUGUCCUCCGGUUGGGGAAGUGAAGAGGGAGAGGAAAGAUGCUCCUGUUGAUUUUUUCCCUCCUGCUUCGAUCAAUUCCCACCCUCCUCUAAGACGCUCAUCGGUAGAUGUAAAGAAAGAGAGAAAAGACACUCAGGCUCCUUUACAGUCUUUUCUUCAGUCUCAUCCUCAUAAACGUCCCUCCACGGAUGAAAAGAAAGAAAGGAGAGAUGCACCUCAUCCUCUUUUUCCUCUUCAUCAUCACCUUCAUCCUCCACUUCCUCCUCCUCCUAUUCCUAUCCCUAAGCGUUCAUCAGAGGUGAAGAAAGAAAGGAAAGAGCCUCCUGAAACUUUACCUCCUCCUGAUCCUAUGCUUUCUUCUCCUCCUCCCAAACGUCCAUCACUAGAAGAGCCCAAAGAAAGGGCAAAAAAAGCACUUGAUCCGAAUGCCCCGCUUCCUCCUUUACCUUUUCAUCUACAUCCUCCUCCGAAAUGCGAGAUGAAGAAAGAGAGAAAAGAAACCGCUGAAUAA